AGGCGCCCAACCGGGCGCGGGCGCGGGCGCGGGCGCGUCCAUCCGCCCCCCGACUUCCCAUUCCCACCGCGCGCACCCGCCAAAUCAACCACCCCUUCGUCGCCCCCGUUCCGUCCCGUCCCGUUCCGGCAGGCAGCCACUCGCGAAGGCGAAGACGCAGGCGCCGAGCCGCCGACCCCACGGGCCCCCACCCCACUCCCGCCGCGCCUCUCCCUCCGCGUUUCCAGAUCCCCCCGCUCGCCCGUGCCGCGGCAUUGGCACCGGCACCCCGCCGAGCGCCCGCAAUGCGAGCCUUCUAGCUUCCCGUAGCACGGACGGAAUCGCGAGAGGCAUGCAUCCCAAGCCCGAGGGCGGCGAAGCCAACGGGGCCGCCGCGGAGGCGGGCUCCCCGCGGUCCGGCAACUUCCGGCAGCGGAGCAUGCACGCCGCCCCCGCGGAUCCGGAGGCGGCGCGCCGGGCGUUCGAUGUCGAGAACCCCCCGCCUUGCUCCGCCGCCGCGGGCGGCGGGCUCCGGCCCAGCGAGUCCGUCACCAAGCUGGAGUCGCUGGAGCGCGCGGAGCGCGCCGCGCUGGCGCCCGCCGUCGUGCUCAGGACCGGGUUCUACAUCCUGGUGUGGUACGCGUUCAGCACCUGCCUCACCCUAUAUAACAAGACGCUGCUGGGGGACAAGCUCGGCAAGUUCCCGGCGCCGCUGCUGAUGAACACCGUGCACUUCGCGCUGCAGGCGGGGCUCUCCAAGCUCAUAAUCUUCUUACAGUCCAAGGGGCCGGAGGCCGCCGUCGAGAUGGGGUGGAAAGACUACUUCAUCAGAGUCGUGCCAACUGCUCUCGGGACGGCCUUGGACAUAAACCUGAGCAACGCAUCUCUUGUGUUCAUCUCGGUGACGUUUGCUACUAUGUGUAAAUCAGCCUCCCCGAUAUUCCUUUUGCUUUUUGCGUUUGCAUUUAGGUUGGAGAAUGCUAGCAUCAAGCUUCUAGGAAUUAUAGUUGUUAUUUCUACUGGAGUUCUGUUGACAGUUUCCAAGGAGACGGAGUUUGACUUCUUGGGCUUCAUUUUUGUGACGCUUGCUGCUGUUAUGUCGGGAUUCCGUUGGUCCAUGACUCAGAUUCUACUGCAGAAAGACACUUACGGCCUGAAGAAUCCAAUUACCUUGAUGAGCCAUGUUACGCCAGUGAUGGCCAUAGCCACUAUGAUACUAUCUCUAUUACUGGACCCUUGGAGUGAAUUUAAAAAAAAUUCAUAUUUCGAUAACCCUUGGCAUGUCAUGCGCAGUUGCCUACUUAUGCUUAUAGGAGGAACUUUAGCUUUUUUCAUGGUGUUAACAGAGUAUAUACUUAUUUCAGCAACAAGUGCCAUAACCGUCACAAUAGCUGGAGUAGUAAAAGAAUCUGUAACCAUUUUGGUUGCGGUAUUUUAUUUCCAUGAUGAAUUUACUUGGUUGAAAGGGGUUGGUCUUUUCACCAUUAUGGUUGGUGUUAGCUUAUUCAAUUGGUACAAGUAUGAGAAAUUCAAAAGGGGUCAUAUAGAUGAGGAUGAUGCCAACUCUCCUUCAUGUACUGGUGACGUCAAGUACAUUAUUCUAGACGACUUGGAGUAUCAGGAUGAAUUUGAGGAGGAAGAUACAUAAUUUUGUAGUACAGCGACUUUCAACUGCCACAGGCUUGUUCAUGCCUGACCCAUUGAUACCUGCCCAUUGAAAUAUUACUUAUGGAGGUUUUCUCUGGAAAACAUACAUGAACACACCUAAGGCUAGGUGUGAUUAUACUAUGCUCGCCAAAAUCUGAUGCGAUCUGUGUGAGCUAUGUUUGUCACGAUGGAUGUUGAAUUCUCAUCUUGAUUGAACAGUCAGGCUAACUACACUGUCAAGCACUCCAUCGGAUCAGAAUUCCCAUUUUGCGAAGAUUAGCAGCGGUUACAGAAUGACAUGCAUGCUAUAGCAGGAACUGCUGAGAAUGCUCGGGAUCUGUAUAUUUGUUGUUGUCUUUGCGUUAGUGCGCUUGCACAUAUUCAUUCUUGAACCUCCACAUUUUUGGUGACGAGGUGUACUCAUUCUCUAUAUAGGCCUGUUUGUAAAACUGACCAGAUGAUACCCCACACGUGCUGUUUUCCCUUAAAACCUAGGGAGCGGCAUUUGGUUUUCGCUGUAUACUGUUUCGGGGCACCGAAUAUGUUGUGGCUUGAUUGGGAACUGGUUAUAAGAAAAGCAUGAUAGAUUGGGAACUGAAUUUCUGUUA